AUGGAUCUAGCUCGAGAGGAGAAUGUGGCCACCUUCCGAGGCUCUGAGUACCUGUGCUAUGACCUGUCUCAAAACCCCAUUCAGAGCAGCAGUGAUGAAAUCACCCUGUCCUUUAAGACCUGGCAGCGGAAUGGGCUCAUCCUGCACACGGGCAAGUCGGCUGACUAUGUCAACCUGGCCCUGAAGGAUGGUGCGGUCUCCUUGGUCAUCAACCUGGGGUCCGGGGCCUUUGAGGCCAUUGUGGAGCCCGUGAAUGGAAAAUUCAAUGAUAACGCCUGGCACGAUGUCAAAGUGACACGCAACCUCCGACAGGUGACAAUCUCUGUGGAUGGCAUUCUUACCACGACGGGCUACACGCAAGAGGACUACACCAUGCUGGGCUCUGAUGACUUCUUCUACGUGGGAGGAAGCCCAAGUACUGCUGACUUGCCAGGCUCACCCGUCAGCAACAACUUCAUGGGCUGCCUUAAAGAGGUUGUUUAUAAGAAUAAUGACAUCCGUCUGGAGCUGUCUCGCCUGGCCCGGAUUGGGGACACCAAGAUGAAAAUCUAUGGAGAAGUUGUAUUCAAGUGUGAGAAUGUGGCCACACUAGACCCCAUCAACUUUGAGACCCCAGAGGCUUACAUCAGCUUGCCCAAGUGGAACACCAAACGUAUGGGCUCCAUCUCCUUUGACUUCCGCACCACUGAGCCCAAUGGCCUGAUCCUCUUUACUCAUGGAAAACCCCAAGAGAGGAAGGAUGCUCGGAGCCAGAAGAACACAAAAGUAGACUUCUUUGCCGUGGAACUCCUCGAUGGCAACUUGUACUUGCUGCUUGAUAUGGGCUCGGGCACCAUCAAAGUGAAAGCCACACAGAAGAAAGCCAAUGAUGGGGAAUGGUACCACGUGGACAUUCAGCGAGAUGGCAGAUCAGGUACCAUAUCUGUGAACAGCAGGCGCACGCCAUUCACCGCCAGCGGGGAGAGCGAGAUCCUGGACCUGGAGGGGGACAUGUACCUGGGCGGGCUGCCAGAGAACCGUGCCGGCCUCAUCCUCCCCACCGAGCUCUGGACCGCCAUGCUCAACUACGGCUACGUGGGCUGCAUCCGCGACCUGUUCAUCGACGGGCGCAGCAAGAACAUCCGGCAGCUGGCGGAGAUGCAGAACGCCGCGGGCGUCAAGUCCUCCUGUUCACGGAUGAGCGCCAAGCAGUGUGACAGCUACCCCUGCAAGAACAACGCCGUGUGCAAGGACGGCUGGAACCGCUUCAUCUGCGACUGCACCGGCACCGGCUACUGGGGCAGAACCUGCGAAAGGGAGGCCUCCAUCCUGAGCUAUGAUGGCAGCAUGUACAUGAAGAUCAUCAUGCCCAUGGUCAUGCACACAGAAGCAGAGGACGUGUCCUUCCGGUUCAUGUCCCAGCGAGCUUAUGGGCUGCUGGUGGCAACGACCUCCAGGGACUCUGCUGACACCCUGCGUCUGGAGCUGGAUGGUGGGCGUGUCAAGCUCAUGGUUAACUUAGACUGUAUCAGGAUAAACUGUAACUCCAUUAAUUCCUACUCCUACCGUUAG